CCUCUCCGCUUCCUCUCUCUCUCGCCCCCGACUCCCACCUGUCGUCCCAAUCUCUCACCCUUACGCCGCGGACCCCCUUCUCUCGCCGCCCCGCCGCCCCGCGAGUUCCGUCGCCGCUGUUGCCCGGUCGGUCGUCGAACGCCGCCCCGUCACCGUUGCGAAACUCCACUCCUGCUCCGUCUCCGACCUCCACGCCUGCUCCGUCCCCGACAUCGACACCGUAUCCCGCCUCUCCCAUCUGCCACCUCAACCGCCGGGAGCGCCUCCCUCGCCGGCCUCCACUGCCCCUCCGCUACCUCAUCCGCCAAUAGCGAGAAGGACCUGUUCGUUGGGUACUGCCAUCGAUGGAGAGCAGUGAACCACUCCAGGAUAUAAUGUGUGAGUUCCGUGCUGGUAAGAUGUCUCUUGAGGGAACACGGGUGGUCCCAGACACACGCAAGGGGCUUGUUCGUAUUGGAAAGGGUGAAGAAGGCUUGAUUCAUUUUCAGUGGCUUGACCGUGGACAAAACAUAGUUGAAGAUGAUCAAAUUGUCUUCCCUGAUGAGGCUGUCUUUGAGAAGGUAACAGAAUCUUCUGGAAGGGUGUACAUCUUGAAGUUCAGGCAUGAUAGCAGGAAAUUCUUCCUAUGGAUGCAGGAGACAAAUGCUGAUGGGGACUCGCAAAUAUGCCGCCAAGUUAAUGCCUACAUAAAUCGGCCCUUGGAUGGCGAUGCAAUUUCUAUUGAGGCAGAAAUGUCACACGAGGAUACAGCUGAUGAUGACAUCUCUUCCAGAGCUGGGAAUUUAGUUGAUCAGAGCAUGACCGCUGAUAUGGCUGGUGAAGUGACUUCUGCCGCUGGACCUGUACGACUGGCUGACCUUCAGAGAAUAUUGAGUUCUAUACAACCAUCUGAUGCUACGGCAGAUCCUGAUGCUGGAUUGAGACUAGGAGACAUCUUGAAGCCCGAUUUGAUAUUGCCACUAAUUGAAACUUUGCCCAUCGAACAGUUGGCAUCACAUCUUCCAGAGGGUUCUUGGACUGCUGGUGAUAUUCUUGAGCUGCUGCAAAGUCCUCCUUUGCGACAGCAACUGGAUGCUUUUACUCAUGUGCUGCAGACUGGCCAAAUAGAUCUUGCUCAAUUUGGGGUGGACCCUAGCAAAUAUAAGUUCACAGUUGCCUCAUUCCUGGAGGCAUUGGAAGACUCCGUGGCAAAAGCUUCCACAGAUGGAGGCAAUGAUUCAAAGGCCAAGAAAGACGGUGGAAAUGAUCCCAUGGACGAGAGUUGAUUGCGCAGCGCACCUAGGGGUGUAGCCUUGAUCUGAGUUGCUCAUGCCGUCAUACGCAGUGGAACUUAUCAUGUUUGCAAAUCUGAUGGCACACAAAGCAAAGGACGUUUUUUGUCACCCCAUCAAAAUCUAGAUGCUAUUUUGGCUGUGAAUUCUUAGAUACUAUCAGUCGCUUCAUAUGUCCCAGUUGAUUCCAUGUCGUGACUUGAGUAUUCUGAAAAAUGCUUCCAUAGGUUCCAGUUGGUACAAUUGCGUGACAUGGAUAUAUUUUGAAAAUUGCUUCCGAGGUUCUUCUA